AUGGCUCAAUCAGCAGAAGACGAGUUCUCAGAUAUCGUCAAGAUCUCGCCCCCAUCAUCUUCAGCAAGUCUUCUGUCGUACGACUCAGUUUCAGUGGGUGAGAAUAAUGACAAUCACAAUGACAGCGAGAUCAAAUCCAAGUACAUGUCAAGUACGAAAGACGAAACCGAUGUCAAGCCAAUCAUCCCGGUAUCACCUUCCAAGCAUGUCAACGAUAGGAAACCUCCCCAUGUCACUUUCGAACCUGUUCCGAUCACACCGAGCAAGAAGGAACACAAACAGCCUGUAUCAGCGGUAGAAGAGGAAGGAAAACACGGUGUGGUGGAAGAUACAGUCAGAAGGGUCAAACAACAAUCAGACAAACUCCACUCGAUCGCUCAGCCCUAUGCAGAUAAGACGAGAUAUUUCGCUGAAUCGAAGCCCGUUUUAUUCACAUUCAUCGCACUUUGGAUAGGGUUCAGCGCCAUCCCCAUGUUGAUCUUCCUUGGAUUCGCUCUCGCUUCUACAGUGUUCAUACUCUCUACGGCAUUAAUUUUUUCAGCUGUAGUAAUCUUAGGAGCGAUCUUGAUGGCCGCUGCUACAAUAAUCGGCACAAUCCUCUUUGGCGCUUCGAUCCUCACACCUAUCUUGUUCCUCACCACAUUCCUUUCCUCCUGCACGCUCAUCACUCUCCUCUGUCUCUUCCUCAUUCAUCGACUAUACCUCCAUAUUCAACUAUCCACCACCGAAACAUCCGAGGGUUAUUCCCUGUCUGCUAUAGGAUCAGGAAUCAAAUCAUGGAUGGAUGAGACAAUCCAACGAAUCAUCUUAUCUCUACCUUUCACUCGCAGCCACAGCGAAAGCGAUGAGAGUGCGUGGUUUGAGAGGAAUAGUAAGUUGGGUAAAGUGAAUGUUGGUAGGAAAUGGUCACCCGUCGAACUUGCCAAUCAUCAACCUACAAGUAAACAUUCUCACAAUCAAGGAGAUCAUAAAGUCAAAGAUGGUGAUGCAAAAGUAACAACAAAUAGGGAUAGGAAUCAAAUGGAUACGUUGCAUGAUAACGAAUCGAUCAUCAGUGAAGCCGCUUCUUCCGGCUCGUCAAGUUCUUCUUUGGAUACACCUUCGACAGGCUCGAGAUCAACUUUCAAAGAUAUUAAAGACGUACCGGCUUUUGAUCGACAUCUGACCAAGGAAUAG